GAAAUGUGACUCAAAUAUACACUACAGGAAUAUCGUUUUGUGACAACUGAAGGAUUGUGUGUGUGCGCGCCUCUUGGCAAUCAUUAUGGGAGAAAGAGAGGAGAACACCUUUGCCAUGGCAGUGGAUUUGCUAGCGAUUUUAUGUGUAAUCACCACGGUUUCUGCAGUGGAAGAAACAGUCAUGGACACACGGACUGCCACAGCGGAGCUGGGUUGGACAGCAUAUCCUGCCUCUGGGUGGGAGGAGGUCAGCGGGUAUGAUGAAAACCUCAACACCAUCCGGACCUACCAGGUGUGCAACGUGUUCGAGUCCAGCCAGAACAACUGGCUCCUGACCACGUUCAUCGACCGGCGUGGGGCCCAGCGCAUCUACGUGGAGAUGCGCUUCACCGUGCGCGACUGCAGCAGCAUCCCCAACGUGCCGGGCUCCUGCAAGGAGACCUUCAACCUCUACUACUACGAGACCGACUCCAUCAUCGCCACCAAGGGCACGGCCUUCUGGAUGGAGGCGCCCUACCUGAAGGUGGACACCAUCGCCGCCGACGAGAGCUUCUCGCAGGUGGACUUUGGCGGGCGGCUCAUGAAGGUGAACACGGAGGUGCGCAGCUUUGGCCCGCUCUCCAAAAAUGGCUUCUACCUGGCCUUCCAGGACUACGGCGCCUGCAUGUCGCUGCUCUCCAUCCGCGUCUUCUACAAGAAGUGCCCCAGCAUCGUGCAGAACUUCGCCAUCUUCCCUGAGACCAUGACCGGCGCCGAGAGCACCUCGCUGGUCAUCGCCCGCGGGAUCUGCAUCCCAAACUCGGAGGAGGUGGACGUGCCCAUCAAGCUCUACUGCAACGGCGAUGGCGAGUGGAUGGUGCCUAUUGGGAGCUGCACCUGCAAGGCCGGCUUCGAGCCAGACAAUGGCAACGUCUGCCGAGCGUGCCCCCCUGGAACGUUCAAGUCCACCCAGGGGGCGGGGCUGUGCCUGCAGUGCCCCCCGAACAGCAGGUCUACGGUGGAGGCCGCGACCAUCUGCGUCUGCCGCAACGGCUACUACCGCGGGGACAUGGACCUGCCAGACGCCUCCUGCACCAGUGUUCCCUCUGGCCCGCGGAACGUCAUGUCCAUCGUGAAUGAGACCUCUGUGACCCUGGAGUGGCACCCGCCCCGUGAGACUGGCGCCCGUGACGACGUCAUGUACAACAUUGUCUGCAAGAAGUGCCGCGCCGACCGCAAGGUGUGCUCACCCUGCGACGACAACGUGGAGUUCGUCCCUCGGCAGCUGGGCCUCACGGAGACCCGCGUCUUCAUCAGCAACCUGUGGGCCCACACCCUCUACACCUUCGAGAUCCAGGCCGUCAACGGGGUCACCAACAAGAGCCCCUACCCCGCCCAGCACGUGGUCAUCAACAUCACCACCAACCAGGCCGCUCCAUCCAUGGUUCCCAUCAUGCACCAGGUCAGUUCCACCAUGAAGAGCAUCACACUGUCGUGGCCACAGCCGGAACAGCCCAAUGGCAUCAUCUUAGACUACGAGCUGAGAUACUACGAGAAGGACCACACAGAGUUUAAUUCGUCCAUCGUGAGGAGUCAGACCAACACGGCACGCCUAGACGGUCUGAGACCUGGCACCGUGUACGUGGUGCAGGUCCGCGCCAGGACUGUAGCCGGCUUCGGGAAAUACAGUGGCAAGAUGUGCUUCCAGACUCUGACAGAUGAUGACUACAAGUCAGAGCUGAGAGAACAGCUACCCCUGAUUGCCGGCUCAGCAGCAGCUGGUGUGGUCUUCAUCGUGUCCCUGGUGGCCAUUUCCAUUGUCUGCAGCAGGAAGAGAGCAUACAUAAAGGAAACUGUGUACAGUGACAAACUGCAGCACUACAGCACCGGCCGAGAACUCUCUUUGAGACCAGAUCUGACUAACUGCCACUCCCCCAUCGGCUGCCCAACCCACUUCUCAGGCUCGCCCGGGAUGAAGAUCUACAUCGACCCCUUCACCUACGAGGAUCCUAAUGAGGCGGUGCGCGAGUUCGCCAAGGAGAUCGACGUGUCAUGCGUGAAGAUCGAGGAGGUUAUUGGUGCAGGAGAGUUUGGGGAGGUGUAUAAAGGCCGGCUGAAACUGCCGGGCAAGCGCGAGCUCUACGUGGCCAUCAAGACCCUGAAGGCAGGCUACUCAGAGAAGCAGAGGCGGGACUUCCUGAGUGAGGCCAGCAUCAUGGGCCAGUUCGAUCACCCUAACAUCAUCCGCCUGGAGGGCGUGGUCACCAAGAGCCGGCCGGUCAUGAUCAUCACAGAGUUCAUGGAGAACGGAGCGCUGGACUCCUUCCUGAGGCAAAAUGACGGCCAGUUCACCGUGAUCCAGCUGGUGGGAAUGAUGCGCGGGAUCGCGGCAGGGAUGAAGUACCUGGCAGAGAUGAACUACGUCCACAGAGACCUGGCCGCCAGGAACAUCCUGGUCAACAGCAACCUGGUGUGCAAGGUGUCCGACUUCGGGCUGUCACGCUACCUGCAGGACAACACGUCUGACCCCACCUACACCAGCUCCCUGGGUGGCAAGAUUCCUGUCCGAUGGACCGCCCCAGAGGCCAUCGCCUACAGGAAGUUCACCUCUGCCAGCGACGUCUGGAGUUAUGGAAUCGUCAUGUGGGAGGUGAUGUCGUUUGGAGAGAGACCAUACUGGGACAUGUCCAACCAGGAUGUGAUCAAUGCCAUUGAGCAGGACUACCGCCUCCCCCCACCCAUGGACUGCCCAGCCGCCCUACACCAGCUCAUGCUGGACUGUUGGCAGAAGGACCGCAAUGCCCGGCCCAAGUUCGCGGAGAUUGUCAACACGCUGGACAAGAUGAUACGCAACCCCACCAGCCUGAAAGCGGUGGCCACCAUCACAGCGGUGCCUUCUCAGCCCCUGCUGGACCGCUCUGUGCCGGACUUCACCACCUUCACCUCGGUGGAGGAGUGGCUGGGUGCCAUCAAGAUGAUCCAAUACAGGGACAACUUCCUGAGCUCCGGGUUCACCUCCCUGCCACUGGUGGCACAGAUGACCUCAGAGGACCUCCUGAGGAUAGGGGUGACUCUGGCAGGGCACCAAAAGAAGAUUCUCAACAACAUUCAGUCGAUGAGGGGACAGAUGACCCAGUCGCCCACUUCCUUAGCGUGACUACAGGAGGAGCUGUGCGGAAGUGACCCCUCGAGGAGCCCCAGGAAGACCCCCAAACUCACAGAGCGCACCUGGGUCGAAACAAUCACCUUGAUUUAACACCAUGCUUGAUACAUAUUGAUUCUCGCACAUCACAUCACAGCCUCCCUGUCAUCUACAAGGAGGAGCUACGUAGCCAGGACAUGGGACAUGCUAAGUGAAAAAAUAAGGAAAACAUAUAUACAAGACAUAUCCAUGAAGAUCUGUUAUGGAGUAUUGCUGACUUUGGGGGGUUCCUCAUUCUGGGAGUUCAUUCUAUUUUUUUUUCAGCUGGGAACUUUGAAGAAGAAGAAGAAGAAGAAGAAGAAAAAGAAGAAGAAGAAGAAGAAGAAGAAAAGAAUAACAAUAAGAAACCCACAGCUACAGUUUUCUUUUGGUUCGGUUUUGUUUUUUCUCCAAUGA